AUGGUUUUCUGCCUYCACAAGAAAGCCUGCACCACACCUGAGAUCUACCUGAGCAACAUGGCUGCUGCUGACCUGGUUCUGGUUUCCUUUUUGCCCUUUUGGGCUGUUUUUGUGUCCAAUCAUUUUCAUUGGACUUUUGGUGACGCCAUGUGCAAAAUUAUCAAUAUGAUUAUUAUAAUGAAUUCAUUUUGCAGCAUCUACUUCCUGGUUYUGGUCAGCAUUGAUCGUUAUUUGGCUCUGACCUUCAGCUACUUAGCCUACUUCAACAGCGUUCUCAACCCCAUUCUCUACAUCAUUAUAGGAAAAAAAAACUUUCAAAGUAAAGUUAAAGAAACUCUUAAGACAAUGCAACUGCGAAAGAUCCCAGUGUCUAAUUGA